CUUCUUUCUCCUGUUCUUUAUGUUGAGCGACAUUAUGAGUGACAUUGACAUUGGAAAGCGAAUUUUCGUCAAAGGAUUUUCUCCGGAAACGACCGAAAACGAGCUCAGAUCUUAUUUUGAGAGAUUUGGCGCGGUCAAGGAAAGUAAAGUCGUUCGAGACCGCAACGGAUUUAGCAAAGGAUACGCUUUCAUUACAUUCGAAUCGCAAGAGGUGGCUGACAAAGUCCGCGACCAAGAAAGCCUUGAAUUUGAGGGGAAAAGCUUGAACAUUGGCAAAGCGGUCCGUAGAAAGAGCAAAAGAAGUUUUGGCAAGUACUAUUACCAUCGACAAGACGUGCAUGACACGUCAAGUCAUGGUAGCUAUUACGCAUUUUCGACAUCCGAUGGAAGCAUGUACUAUUCUCAGAUGAAUCAACAGCCUCACUUUGUUUUGGUCCCGGCCUAUUCCCCACAGAUGCACUACCAGUCGCAGAGUCCGUAUCCUCAGCCUUCCCAUUCAGCUUCUCAACCGAUCUACACAACAACAGCUGUGUUAGGAAACUCUUAUCUCCAGCCUACGCCAUAUUCGUUCUCUCCAGGACAUUCGUGGAAUGAGGUGGCAGCAGUUCCAGUGAACGCUGCAGUCGUACCAAAAGUCCAUCAUCAGUUUCCCUCCGAAAACCAGACGGAAAUUGCUGUUGCUAGCACUCAUGCUCCACCAGCUCAAAUAGUGAGUUUGGCUAUUCCUGAAGGAAAUUAUGUGUCAGAUGUCGGAGCAGUUUCUGGCGUAGGAGAGUUGGUUUUUGAAAGUCCUAAAGGAAAAACAGAAAAAAAAGUACAGGCUAUAAAGUUUUUAAAGAAGCAUGAACCAUCAAGUCCUGCUGCAAUAUCAGUACCUCCAACCGCUACCAUUCAUCUUAUUAACGGACAAGUCCCAUCCACUCAGUAA